GUGGUGGAAGCCCGACGGCGGUCUUGUGUGAAGGAGGGAGAGAGACUCUUUGACAAACAUGGCGACAGAUACCGGGCCAGGUGGACUUAUGCUUACUGUAUGUUUUGAGAAGACGGGUAUUGGAGAUAGUCUCUUGGAGGUUGAUGCGCACCCUCACAAGCCUUGGCUCCUGCUCAUAAGUGAGAAUAGGGAGCUGCAUGUGUGGAGCUAUGAGGAGGACAAGUUGAUUGCUGUUCAGACGUGUGGCAGCGGGUCGUAUUUUUGGAAGGCAAAAUUUUUAGCUCAGAACAACUGGAUCGUGGUUGCUUCGUCUUCUGAAACUGCUCAUAGUCGCAACGAAAUUAUCGUUUAUGGAGUGGUGGAGACUCCAAUCGUCGACCCACGGAAAACUGAAGACGUUAAGCGGUCGCAGAAACUCGAAGAAGUUAAGCGGUUACAGUACUGGUCGAACGAAAUCAACUACCUGGCUGUGGAUCAUUGCGGCCCGCAGCACGUGCUGAUUCCGUCUGUUUGCACGGGCGGGGUACUGGUCUAUCCGUACGGCCGCAAGAUGGAAACACCUGAAUGGCAGGGCUUCGAAACUUGGGAUUUGAACUGUGAUUGGAAGCAUACCACCUUCGGCAAUUGUCAGUCACUCGUAGCGAGGGUCGUAUUCCACCCUCUCGAACCGCAUAUUUGUGCGUCUGCCGGGUACGAUGGGAAAAUCAAUGUGUGGGACGUUGAAAAGGGGUCCUGUCUGCAUACGCUCGAAGGCAACGACCCGAUUUCUUCAUUGCAAUUCAGCCCCGACGGGCGGAAGUCGCUUUUGAUCGCCGGCCAUCCUUAUGGCUGGGUACAGAUUUGGGACUACCGGCAGAACAAACGUGUGGUCCAAUUUCGAGCACAUGAAUGCUCCGUCGUGGAGGCCUUCCUCCAUCCACACCUGCCGUACAUUUUCAGCGCGUCUUCAGACGGGACCAUCAGAGUUUGGGACCCUUCUAGCUACACGUUGGUGAGGUCCUGUUGCACCAGUAGCUUGAAGUCGCUCUCGAGCAUGGCUCUUUGUUGGAACACAGGAGGGAUCGCGGUUGGAGGUAAGGGAGCCGUCGCGGUCAUGAAGAUAGAUAUAUCGAAUACCCACCUAAGGGAGGUGUUAAGAAUGGGGGAGGAGUCGGCGAGGCAAAGACGGGAAGUGGAAAUCGCACGGCAAAAGUGGGAAAAGGGUUUGCGGAAACUGAAAGCAGAGCACGAGAGCAAGGCACGAGUGUAUGCGAAGAAGAUCAAGGAGCUCAUGGCUGCAGUAAACGACCUGACAGCAGAACGGAACGCACUGAAAGAGAUUUUGGGGCAUCCGUCAGCUGAGCAUGAGAAUAAGGAGAGAAUGCAGGCAAAGACGAUGAAGCGCUGUAGGAAGGAGGGUGGCGAUCGCACGACAGAUAGGGAUACCUUCAAAAACUUUCAGGCGUCCGAGCAAUCUGCAACCGAGGAGAGGGAAGAAAAGGAUCAAAUACGGGCAAAGAAGUUCAAGACGGUCUAGAAUGACAUUCUCAAAAUCUCAGAGCGGAGACUUAAGGUCUUCAGGAAAGGAGCAUCGUCAAGCCGUCAAACAAACAAAGAGAAGUUUAACUC